UUAUGAAAUAAACUAGGUUCAAACCAGAUUUAAAAUUAUACCUAAUGAGUUAAAUUAAAUGGUAAAGACCCGAUAUAAAAAUACCCGGCAGAUAUUUUUUUAUGCAGAUUAAUUGAAUUUGCGGAUUAAAUGAAUCUGCGUGAAGGAAUCUUCUGCGUGAUCCUUGUGCGUCAUCCCCUGCGACUCACCCGUUGAAUUGUCCCCUGUCAUGAUUAUUUUCGACUCACCUUCACCCUUGCCAACUUGAGCUGCAAGUUCUCCUCCUCCUAUAUAACUGAGACUUUGCCCCCUCAAGUUUCGUGCACUCCUCUUUCUUAUUCUUUGUUACUCUUUCUUUCUUCUUCUUGUUUGUUCGGAUAACAGAGAGAGAGAGUAGGAGAGUCUGAGAGAGACACUGGGUGAGACCCAAGCCUUCCUCUUUCCUUAUUCCUUAUUCUUUUUCUUCUCUUCUCUUUCCUUUUUCUUGUUUUCUUCUUUCUCUGUUUUGUUCAAGAGACAUUGAGACUGAUUGAGAGAGUGAAUCAGAGAGAGAGAGAGAGCGAUUGGUGAGGGAGGUCGCCGGACGAAGUGAAUCCGGCGGACCUAUGCAUAGAAUCGACGAAUGGAGACUUGACCGGAAGCCCGAUUUCUGGUGGGUCGACUGCAGGCUGAUGACAUCGUCCAGCAGAGCAGAGGCUGAUUUUCGGCGAGACAAGUUGAUUUCCGGUGAAACUCGUGAUCCGUGAGUGCAAAAACCGAAUGACCCAUCAAACCUGAAGAAGACCCGAUCGAUGGUGGUCAACACUGGCGAUUUUUUGGUGAGCCAGGGGUGCGAUUUUCUGGUGUUUUUUUCUUAGCCUCAAAGGGAAAUUCUCUAGGUGGGGCGUUACACACGUGGCGCGACGUGAGUAGCUAGGAGAAGAUAAAAUCUUUCUCAGCCAACCAGCACACACGCGGCUAAGAAUGGAUUGGGAUUUGAAGGAUGCUUCUGAGCAAGGAAGCGUUAACGACUUGUACUGGUUGAUUAAAAAGGACCCGAAAGUUUUGGACAAGAUCGAUGAUAUACCAUUUGUUGAGACUCCUUUACACAUAGCUGCAGCUGAAGGAAAGACCGAGUUUGCCUUGGAGAUGAUGAGGCUAAAGCCAUCGUUCGCUAUGAAGCUUGACCCAAAUGGCUUGACCCCCUUGCUCGUUGCUAUGGAUAAGGAGCAAACCCGAUUAGUGUGCGAGCUACUUAGAGUUCAUAAGGACCUUGUCUGCGCGCAAGGAAAGGGUGGUAUGAAUCCUUUACAUUAUGCAGCUCAUAUAGGAAACCUCCCUAUGAUGGCUGAAGUUCUAAAAUUCUGCCCCAAGAUUAUUGGAGAUGUGACAAGUAAAAGGGAGACUGUUUUGCAUAUUGCACUGAAAAGCGGCAAGUUAGAAGCAUUUCAACUCCUGGUUGGAUGGCUUCGGCGGGCCUGGUUUAGAGAUGCGUAUAUCUGGGAGAAUAGCAUGCUGAAUACGUUAGAUUUGGACGGUAACGCUGUGUUGCACAUUGCAGCAACCAAAAAUGUACCGCAGGUCGUGAGGUGGUUAUUGGAUUGUAGCGGAUUCAGAGUAAACGUCAGGAAUUCAGAGGGUUUAACUGCUCUAGACAUCUUGCAAAAGCAAACACAAUGGAACAACCAAGAGAUGAGGAAUAUGCUAUGCCGUGCCGGAGCAAAAAAUUCUGCGUCUCUUCGUGUGUCUGAAUCUUUUGAAGCUUACUUAAUAUCGCCUAUUCCAACUAAUGAGAGGGUAUUCGUACGGUUCUUUCGUCAGAGAACGAUGCUAUCAAAUGACUUUCGCAAUAUAGUGUUGGUGGUUGCUAUUCUGCUUGUAACAGUUGCCUACCAAGCAAUAAGCAGCCCCCCUGGAGGAUUUUGGCAAGAUAACUGCAUUCCUGAAACCAAUAAUCAGUUCAAUAUUACAGCCGCAACCAGCCCAAGUAGUCAUGAAGUCAGUCAACCCCCACACCGCGCAGGGACAGUAAUCAUGGGCAGAUACUUUUUCCAUCUACUCUUCGUUCUAAAUACUGCAACCUUUUAUACACCACUACUCUUGAUUAUCAUACUCCUCCCUCCUGGUUUUACUAGUUUCCUGCUAAUCAUAUCCCUUGCACUCCUCUUUCUGUCCUAUGGCGCGUCUAUUGCAAUCACAGCUCCGCUUCCAAGUCAUUAUUGGUUUGUUUAUAUUUUGGUUUUCUCUUUAACGCUUGCGUUUCACAUUGGCUUCUCUGCAGUCUUCACUUGGAAACAUGGAAGAGUUUUUUCGACUUUUUUAGAUGUGGGAGACUCUCACUGGUCUUGGCUCGGGAGUCAAAAGGUGAAUCGGUUCUUAAGCCAAGAGGAAGUCAGCAACGUUGAAUGAAGAAGUCUCUAGAUCGAGUUAGCGUGAUCCUGCUGGACGCAACUUGUGUUUGAAGGGCAAAGAUGGUCUUUUACGCAUUUGUAUUAAUUAGCUAAUUUUGGUCUAAUGACCAAUGGGCUAUCCACGUGGCUUAGUUGGUCCAGUGGUUAUAGAAUAAAUAGCCCAAGUCUCUCUCGGUGGGGACUCAUUCAGUGAUUUGAUGAAUUGUUAGCUAUCUAGCUUAGCCCAUAGCUUAGCUAUUGUAAUGGUGUAAUCGUUCCAGUAUCAAUACAAGCAGUUCUUCGUAUUUCUUUCACAA